UAUACGCGCGAAGUGUAUUGAACAAGUGCUAAUAUUUGUGAUCACGUCGAUGUCGCAACAAUGCUUUACGCAAAUAGUGAUUGCAUUCUUCGAAAACUGCAUGCAGUGAAAGUGCUAUUUCGGGGAUAACCGACAUGAUAGGAAUUGAUGAGUGUGCUUGGUGUGAUGAUCGAUUGUGGUAGACGGAAAAGAUAUCUUUGGAAAUUUGUUUUGAAAAUCGAAAACUUUCGAAAUAUGUAACCGAUGCAUAUCUGAAUGCGAGGUGCGAAAACGUUUCCAUCAACAACAAACAAGAAGUGGCGACCGCGGAAAAUUGCUUCGUUCCGGCAAUUCAAGAUUCCGUAGCCAACCGCGUUCGCUGAUGGUGGCGCUUCGCACUUGUGAUCUUACGAUUCGUUUCCUUCGAACGCCAUCAAACACCACUUUGCAUCGCGCCUCGUCUAUCAACGUUCCGCUAUUGCAGAUUUGAGACACCACUUGGGCGCAAUCAUCACACGAUCAUUACUUUCGCGAUCAUCGAAUAUGCCGAAACCGCUGCGAUUGCUCCUGCUGGCGCCGAUGCUGAUGCUACUCGACAUGACUCAGGCGCAGCGCCGCGGUCCGUUCAUGGAGUUGUCCGAGUAUGUAAAGUUCCCGAAGAUCUACGAGUACGAUGACUACGAAGACUGCAGGCGGGAUCAUCUGGGCGGGUACGCGUACUGUGUGGUGCACGCGAGGAUCGCACCGGAUGAAUCGUCAGAACUGUGGCGGAACAUUAGCAAUUUUUCCAAGGACGAAUUGCACUACGAUCACACCCUGCUGGAACGGGGAAUUUGCAUCCCAGAUUGCGAACAUUCACUUCGUCUAUCCGGGGAGCUUCAGGAGCUGGAAAAUCUAACACCCCUGGAUCUGUACAGCCGGCUCGCAAGAUCCUGCAUCAAUACGAGACUGAAACACCGCUAUGAUCUCGAAAUCGGUAGCUAUGUCAAAAUCUAUCAUUGCUACACACCCGAACAGGAGGAUCGUCCAAUUGAUUACCUCGAAUGGUUAUUCUACGCCAUCAUGAUCGCAUUGGCCAUCUUCAUCGUCGCUUCCACCGUGUAUGAUACACGGCUACGAAGCGCACUAAAAUGUCCCGAUACGCACUACGAUCAGGAUCUCAAAUCGCGGAAGGAGCGCCUUCUGGCGUCAUUCUCUUUCCCCCGAAACGUAUGCCGUCUGAAAAAUUUAGGCAGCAGCAAAAUACGGCUGGACCUCCAGUUCCUGGAGGCUUUUCGAUUCAUCCACAUGUGCCGGGUUGUGUUUCUCCAUGCGACCAUGGCACACAUCAAAGUGCCGCAAGCGAAUACGGACUACAUGGAGCGGCUUCAUGAAACUCCGUUGCUUAUUUUCUUCGUAGCGGAAUUUCAAAACUAUAUACAGACGUUCCUCUCGAUUUCCGGGAUGCUGUUGGCGAUCAACUUUUUGGAGCACAUUCGGAAGAACCCGGACUUCAACUUGUCAAUUUUUUGGGAUAAACUGAAGGGAAGAUUGUACCGAAUCGUGCCGGCAUACGCGUUUAUGAUUCUUGUGGAAUGUGCGAUUAUUCACUGCUAUUAUGACGGACCAAUUGGACAGCAGUAUAUCGGAGAAGCCGAGCAGAACUGUCGCCACUGGUGGUGGACGAAUCUGCUGUUCAUCAACAACUACAUUCGAACGGAUCAACCGUGUUUGAUUCAAUCCUGGUACUUGGCAGUUGACAUGCAACUCUUCAUUUACGGCCUGUUUGCGAUGAUGGCCAUAUGGCGAUGGCCUUGGACGAGGAAGUACAUUUUCGCCGGGGCAUUUGUCUGCGCCGUGCUGAUUCCGACUUUAACCACGUACAUUAAGGACAUAGAACCAGCGAUGACCAACCGUAUAAAGAACUUCAACCGGUACAAUCGAGAGCACAACUACCAUUACGACAUCUACUUUCCCUUCCAUCAGAACAUCGGAGUGUACACAUUCGGAAUGCUCGCUGGGUUCAUCUACCAUCGCUAUCGAGACUCCCCGGAAAAGGUCAUAAGUUCCAAAUGGUUCCGGAUCAUCUUUUGGGUCUCGGUUGUGUACUACUUUUCCUGCAUGGUUUCCGUUCCUUGGGUUCUCAUGUAUCGUGAUCAGAUUCAACCGGUGCUGAAAGCCAUCUAUUCGACAUUGUUCAAGCAGUCCUGGGCAGUGAUGACGACGGUGCUGCAGCUGGGCCUGGCUCUGGCUCCUGCCAAAUACGUGUGGAAGAAAUUCCUGAGCCAUUCAUUCUUUGGGGUUGCCGGGAAGCUAUGCUACGGAUUGUACCUCAUCCAUUUUACAGUCAUAGAAGUCGUAUACUCAGGUGUAAAGGCACCGGAAUACACCAAUGAACGAGGCGUAUCGAAAUGGGCGGCACAAAUUUUCUGGUGGACGGUGUUCUUCGGACCACCUCUAACAUUGUUUGUAGAGUUACCGAGUGGUGCGGCGCUGAAAGAACUUCUUGAUCGACGGAAAUGCAGUAAUAAGGUGCACGAUAUCCACCAGACGCAGACCACGGUUGAGCAGCGAGUUGAGCAGGGUGGAUGUCACCAAUGACUAUUGGUGUGCAUCAGUGAUCAAGAUGAUAUUAAUUAUAGCGUUUUGAUAAUUG